AGAAAGGGGACAAGCGAUUCGCUGAACCCUAAAGGGAGUCAGCUCAGUCAGUCAGUAUCGUGAGCCAGUGGGAGGAGGGUGUUGAUAACACACCAAAUAUAUGUAACCGGAACAUUAUCUAUAGCUGAACAAAUCGAGUGUAGUAUCGCUGACGAAGUACAGACAUGAACCAGACCUAAAGAAGUUGACUGGAAACUGUUGUUUGUGACCGCCAUCUUGAGCCAUUGGUGGGCAGUAUGACUGGACUUAAGGUCGUAAAAGUCGGCAUUACACCCACAAGUAUGACCAGAGAGGUCAGCUAGACCCUCACACUUGGAAAAUCACAAGAAGGCAGGACCUCUUCAAGCACCAUGGUGGAGCGAAGGACUAGCCGGCGGGGCGAUUCGCCAGGGUCUCGCGAGCUCAUCAGGUCUGGGGGCUCAGGAGGGUCCGAGGGCUCCGGCCUCAACGGCAGUCGAGGCUUCACAGGACAUUCCACGCUGCCUUCCUCCAAUGACGGGCUGGGGUCGGCUAACUCGCUAGACCAGACAAUGACAAGGUCGCUGGGAUCUCGAGGUUCCCUGUGUGAUGAGGCUGCCGACGAAUGUGACAAUAUUAAUGUCGUUAUCAGGUGUCGCCCCCUGAACGAUAAGGAAAGACAGCGAGGUGAUGAAAACAACUUGAUAUUCCCGGGAGAGGGUCAGGCGUGGGUGAACAUGGACGGGAUGAACGGACAACUGACACAGAAGCCCAAAGUGUUUACCUACAAUGUGGUGUUCGAACCUGAAGCCUUGCAGGAGGACAUCUUGGAACAUUCGGGGGUCAAGCGACUUCUUGAUAUGGCUAUUGACGGCUUCUCCUGCACCAUCUUUUGUUAUGGCCAGACGGGUUCAGGCAAGACCCACACGCUAACGGGACCUCCACACUUGUACUACACUCCCACUCCCAGAGCCAGAAACUCCAAAACAGCUCCCAGGCCAAGUUUCUUCUCGUUCGACAAGGGGCCAGACAUGUUCUCAGAGAGCCACGGCCUCAUCUUCAGGUCUUUCGUCUACCUGUUUAACCAACUGCAGAACCGCGACGACCAGGAGUUCACCCUCACCGCCUCCUACCUCGAGAUCUACAACGAGAAGGUGAUUGAUCUGCUCAAUAUUGGAACCAACACCAAGCCACUGCAGGUGCGCUGGAGCAAGAAGAAGAGAGGAUUCUUCGUUGAGAACCUCUUUGAGAUCGAGUGUGCCGAGCUGGACGACCUGUUGGCGGUCCUCGAGGAAGGCUUGAGGAACAGGGCGGUGGCGUCACACAACAUGAACGAGUACUCCUCCCGUAGCCACACCAUCCUCACUGUCAACAUAACCUCUGAGCAGAAGGCUGACGAUGGGGUGAACCUGACUAGAAACGGCAAGAUCAACUUCGUGGACCUGGCGGGCUCUGAGAUGACCAAGAAGACCAACUCUGAAGGCAAGACGCUCGAGGAGGCCAACAACAUUAACAAGUCACUCAUGGUGCUCGGAACGUGUAUCGCGGCACUGUCAGACAACCGCAAGAGGGAUGGCCACAUACCCUAUCGGGACUCCAAGUUGACCAAACUCCUCGCAGACAGCUUGGCAGGCAACGGUGUGACGCUCAUGAUCGCGUGUGUAUCACCCGCCAAGUCCAACAUCAGCGAGACCAUCAACACACUGCGCUAUGCCACCAGAGCCAAGCGUAUCCGCACCAAGCCCAUCAUAGUCAUGGACCCCAAGGAGAAGGUCAUUAUGAGUCUCCAGCGAGAGGUGAGCCUACUGAGGGAGGAGAAUGCCCACCUCAAGAUGCUCAUAGACUUGGGCGAGAAUGGGCUUCCUCAGAAUGGUCAGACUGUUGUGAACGGUCAACUCUUGCCUGUGAUGAACGGGAUUGAUACAGCAGAACUAGUCUCUGACGCAGGUGGGAUUCGAGUACCACCACCGAUGUCCCGCCAAGGGUCGUUUAGGAUAGAUGAUGAGAAGCUGGAAAAUCUGGACAAUCGGGAGCUGAUAAAACUUGUUCAGCACUACAUGGCAGAGCACGAGAAUGUACGGAAGGAGAAUAAGGAACUACAGAGAGUAACAACAGCAUUGGUGAGGGACCAAGAACUUGUGUGUAAAGAGAACGAGCGACUUUUACGGAAGUUGGAGGAUGUCAGCAGGGACCCGCACUCAAAUCCUAAUGCCCAAAGUGAAGACAGUGUGUGUUGUCGUUCACCUAUUGUGCCCGCUCAGCCUGCUAUAAGUGGCGAGGAACUGCUUAAUGCCUCAAUGACUGGAAAUUUCAACAUGAUGAGUGGUGGAAGUUCCAGAGUUUCUAAUACACCUUCCUUUAGGUCACGUUCCCUACCGUCCUCAUCAUCUUCACAAGUGUGGAUAAAUCCUUUGAACAACAGCAGAGGAAAGGAUAGUGACUCGGGUCCCUCAAGUAGGGGUCGUGGUGCAGGAACAUCACGAGAGUCAUCACAGCGUCAUCACCGUCUCCCAGACUCGAUAAACAAGGAACUUGAGAAAAGACGCAUUGGAAAAAGCAUGACAGACCUAACGACAUCAGGAGGAAGCAGUGGCGGGAGGCGUAAUAGCUGGGAUGAGAGGAAUGAGUCUGAGGUUCAACGUAUGAGGAAGAUACCAGUGAAGAGCAAGAGUAUGUCACCAGGUGUUGCUACUGGUAGAAGUGGGGGCCGAGGUAAGACUCGCUCAAAGUCGGUGCCACGGCUGAAGGGUGGAGGACGGGGCGGUAUCCCCCGCGGCCCUGCUGCAAGAGAUACAGACCAUAGACCGCCAGGUAUGCGGUCAUCGUAGCUGCCUAGCUCCACGUAGCUACUCGCCGUGCUGUUGCCUGCCAGGUCCCUCUUACCACGGCUCCUCGCUCCCGUCCGUAGCUAGCACAUCACCAAACAACAUCCAUACUAAUCAACUGUUGUAUAUGGAAGAAGAUCAAAGCCAGGAACUUGUUACAGUUUAAUUAUUCACAGAAGGUUGUACUUGGUAAACUUGUGGGUAAGAAUGUCUUAACUGUUUCAUCAUCUUGUCUUUAAAUGUCCAGUUAGAAAGAUGAACUUGUGAAAUAUAUAUUAACCAACUAAAGUGUUGGUGUAGGUGUUGUCUACACAAGGUCUUGAUGUUAGUUACUCAUGUUUCAUGUUCAAUUUAAUCAUUACAGUGUUGGUGAAUGCUGAGAAGUGCAGGUAUCAUUAUAUUACAAAGAAUACAAUGAGGAAAUUGCUGUUAUUAUAACUGAAAAAUAUUUUGACAUUGCUAACUUGUUCUGAGCAAAACAGUUUCCAUUCAGAUAGGUUCAUUUUCUAUCGGUAAAUUUUCCCAGAAUUUACAUUUACAGUAAUGAGUGAAGUCUUAAAAUUUCAUAGCAGUUAAUAUAUUGACCAAAUUGUGUCCACAUUUCCCAGUUACAUUGUUGUAUAGUGGAGAAAACUUUACCCUGUGUCAUUGGUGCUUCCAGAAAAGCCACCUUGUACUCCCACCAUUGUUGAUCAUGUCAUUUUUCUACAUACAGUAUUCAAUUAAAGAUCCAAGGCAGUAUAUGUCACGGCAAGUACAUUUACGUACUGUAUAUAACUCCAGAUUUAAGGUGCAUUUUUUUUUCAAGUUUGGUAGUACAAUGUAGCAGAGUUUAAAGAUAUAGCCAGGUAGAUUCUUACAGUUGUAAAGUUAUGAAAUUGGAGUGAAGUAAAUCUUGAAAUUAUGAGUGUUGAACUACUGCACAGGUACAGUAUAAUUAACUUGGUACAAUAAUUAUAAUCUUGACAGUAGCCAUAUGGUUCUUGUUUAUUGUCAUAAUAUCAUAAGCCUUUUCUUCCUGAAUUAUGCUGUCUUCAGCAUGUGACCUUCACUAUCAACUACUCUGAAGUAUACUGUACUACUUUCGCUAUAAUAUGCUAUACCCUGAAGUAUGUGACCUUCACUAUACUGUACUGUCAUCUCAACAUGGAGUGAUGAGACUGAUGAAUAUGUAGAACAUUGCCCAGGUAUUCUGUUUAUCUCUUUCUACCCGUCUGUAGACAUAAUUUUUAUAAGGACAAUAAGUUCUCAAUUUUAUAAUCACCUGUGAUAUUUAAUUUCGAUGGUACUGUACUUGAUAAGGAAGUUCUUCACAAGAUCUUGGAUGAGAUUGUAUUUGCAAAUUCUAACAUUUUAUGACCUGUCUAGAUUGACCAGCUGAGCACUGAAGAGGUUCUGGCCAAUUUACACCUAACUUGAUAUUCUCUUUGUCCUUAUUCUCAACUUCGCUAGUGCCAAUAGUGUUCUACUUCCUCUGUAUCUACCACGUCCUUCUAGAUGUUCUCUUUUACUUCUACAUAGAUGAUCAAUGUUUUCUGCCCACGCCCCAUCAGCUGUCCAGUCUUUCAUGUACUCUAUACUGUAUCUUUAAGACAACAUAAUAGUAAAAAGCAAAAUUGAAGAAAAAAAAUUUAAUUUAAGUUCACGCUGUACAGUAUUGCUCUUAACCGGGAGUUACAUUUGAUAAUCCAGCAUCCGCCGUAAAAGUUCUUUACACAUUUGAGAAACAAUCCUGACUCGAUAUUGAUUGGAGUAUUAUCACAUGCAAAUUUAUAUUUUUAUUUUAUACUGUAUUGUACUCAAGCAUUCAAACUUCUAACCCUAUGCCUUGUUUCUUUUAAUAAUUUCUCCUCAUCCAGUCUCCAUAUUCAAACAAAUAAAUUUCCUUGUCUCAAAUUAUCAAGCCUUUUGUGUUCAGUUCUCUUGAUUGUUUCCUGUCUCUUCCUUUUGUUUCAUUUCCCACUGGCAUUAAACUCUCCUGUUCUUUUUAUGCACAGAUGAAAUAUAAAGACUAGAUUCACAACUUAUGUUCUCAAAGCAGUACACAGUAACAGCAUCAUCUAUUAAAUACAGCUGUAAGGUUAUCUCCAUUAUUUUGUUAAGCAAGGAACACUUACUUUGACCAUAAAUUCCAUAUCUGUAUUGUAAAGGGAACUUUGGGAAGUGCAGUAUUGUAUUUGAUUGAUAUUCUUGGGUCAUACAGGUACAGUAUAAGAACAUACAUUACAGUACUGAACUAGUAAGGGAUAAGGUAAAAGUGUUGCCCAAGCUGCCAUUGAUUUCUCUUCCUUGGUCCCAUGUUUCGUCAUAAUGGUUUCCUUCAAGUACUAUUAUUUUCCCCUUUUAUGGAGGACUGAAGGGGAAAGGAUGGCCCAGUGACUGUGGAUAUAUCAGUUGUGGUUUUUACAAGCUGGUGUGGAGAUGGUAUCAUGUAUGUAUUAGUGUAAACUUCAUACUACAAUACCUCUCAAGUAACACUUCUUUCUCAGUGCUUAAUAUUAUCAGGGCCCUACAUAUGUGAGAAGCCAUAAAGUAAUAACCUUCUCUGUCUCUCUCCUUAAUUUUGUAUGACCCAACUCCUGUCAAUAAGUGGACAUGUAUACAGUAAUUGGAAUUUAGUUUUAUCCUCUUUAGAUCCAGUUGUGCCUAUUGAGGGUUUCACUCCACUUUUCAUGUAUUGGACGUAUUUUCACUUCAGUUAUGAAGGCUUUUACCACACAAUGUACAUUUCUUAUAAUUUAUAAAAGUUUCUCCUCUCUUGUACUUUCUUUCAAAUGUGUACUUGAUAGGGAACCCUCUUGUCUCUUUACACAGUACUGUACUAACGGUGUAAUAUCUUUAGUAUUAAAAGUGUUGUCAGUUUUACUCGAUGUAAUGGUAAAUUUGUUAAUCUCUGUUACUGGGUUGGUAAAACAUGAGGUUUGAAGACUUAAAAGCUACUGGCAGGGUGUUGGCUGCAUACUGGUUGGACCAAUAUUUGACAGUUAUCAACAGUUUGGUCAAUAUUGAAAUUAACACCCUACUUAUAUAGUACUACAUAUGGUAUGGAGAUAGUAAUUAAAAUCUCUAGAAAAAUUUCCCUACCUGCCACUUGAUGCAAAGUGGAAAAGAGGCAAAUUAAUAAAAGACUGCCCAAUGGAGGUACUUGUUGUCCCAAGACAGAAUAUUGUAUAGCCAAGUUGGGGAAGCCUUCAUCAAAUAGUGGAUUGCUAUGGGUGGAUAAUGAUUAUGUACAUACACUGAACACCUUUUUUUAAAGAACAACAUGAACUACUGCAUUUCAGCAAAAUGCAACUAACCUUUUGAAGUACAGUACAGGUACUGUAUAUAUACAGUAAUACACUGUACAAUACAGUCAAAAAUAUAUAUGCAAUUGAAUAUGAAUAUUCUAGUCAGCUUAUGUUUAGAUGAGUAAAGAUUAAGUUUCUCAUCUUCCAUGACAAUUUCAAAUAAUUUAACUAGAAAUUCAGGUAUGGAAAUGAUACUAUUUGUAUUGCUGACUAACAUCUGAAUAUAUCUUAAUUGUCUUCAGUGUGUUCAUAUGGAUUACUUCAUUGUAUAAUCAUAAUUAAGCCAUUUGGAAUUAACAUACAGAAUGUAGAAACCAGUUGUACAUAUUCAGUUUAUAUCAUAACUGUGUCUUGCUGAUGUUAUUAGUUUUUAUUUUGGUCAGUUUUCAUAGCCAAUUAGAGUAGAGUAUUGAACAGAAGUUGUGCCAUAAUAAACAUAGAUUUUCAGCAAAAGCAUAUUGUUCACUUAAGAUUAGUUUAUUUAAUCUCAUAUUUACCAGUUCAAUCACAGUAACAGCCAGACAAUGUGUAAUAUAUUUCCUGUGAUAUCUGCUUAGACUUUCAAUUAAUGAAAUCCUGUAUUUUGUUUAAAAUAAUUAAUGUAAAAUUACA